CUCAUUAUGGACAGAGCUUCCCUUGAGCUGAACAGCCGCAGGACCAGUGGAUAUGAGCACAAUCAGAGCUCAGCUAUGUUUGGGGAUCCUAAGUUACAUUCUGUUCCAAGGUGGCUCCUCCCAAAGCACACGAGUCCAGAGCCCUGGAUUUCAGCAGGGUAAUGAGCCUUCCACCUUUACAGCUCACUCAUCACCUCAGUCCACCACAGACAUCCCAGAAUCUUUGAGGAUGUCCACACUGGUCACCACAACGAGGGGCGAAUCGUCAAGUCCAAGAUCAUCCACUUUUCGUAGUCUUCUUCAGUCUUCUCCCUUUGGCCCUACCACGAAGACCCAGACACAAAGAGCCACCUCAGGGCAAGGUACAAGUGCCCUGAGUUAUAAAAUCAGGGACAGAUCCCAGAUGCCCACUUCUGCAGUUACAACCUCAGACAUUAGCUCCAAAUCAACCACAAUGGACCUGAGAACAACUGAAAAACCUGUCUUCCCCACCCCAACAUCUGAGACAGUGCUUACCGUGGCAGCAUUUGGUGUUAUCACCUUCAUUGUCAUUCUGGUGGUUGUAGUGAUUAUCCUGGUCAGUGUGGUCAGCCUGAGGUUCAAGUGUCAGAAAAAUAAAGAGUCAGAAGAUCCACAAAAGCCAGAUAGUUCUGGAAUGUCGGAAAGCUCCACAGCCAUUAGGGAGAAGGACAACAGCAUCACCCUCAUCUACAUGAAGAAUAUUAAUUCAAAUAAUAACAAGCGCAGCUUAACAGAAGAGAAGGUUCUAUAAAGUCGAUCUUGAGUGACAAGGACCGAAGAUGGAGCUAUUCUAUGACUGUGAUGGUGGAUUAUUGGAAUGAUAUGGGAGGGAGGCCAAGGCAUGAUACAUUCCAUACAAAUUGUUUGAUUUCAAAUUCACACUUGAAGCUCAGAAGAUACAAGCCUUGGCUUAGAUUUGAAAGCAUUAUCUCCCAAUUUUGAACAUAAAUAAUAACUCUGGAAACACAAUCUAUUUCUCCCACCUCCGUGGCAUCAUAGAGAAGAGACAUCUGCAGGACAGGGGCAAAUAGGUCUUCUGUUGGGAGUGGGGGAUAUUUGUCCUUUUCAUUUUUAAUAUAAUUAAAAUUAU